ACUAUUGCACGUGAGAAAUAAAAGAGCGUGCGGGGCAGAGAGAAAGGACGAACGGUGAUAGAGAGUAUGAGAAAACAAGGAAGAGGUUGGUAAUAGCACGGAAUUUUAGGCGAGUAAGCUUGGAAGUUUGGAUGGGGGAAUCCCGAGGAGAAGAUUUCACAAACGGCCACGACACCAGACAUGAGUCCGAGGUGGCGGUCUGACGACGAUGCUCCAUGCCAUGGAAGUCCCAAGUCAUGCUAGACACCUCCUCCUGCAACUCAACACCCAGCGCACCAAGGGCUUCCUGUGUGAUGUCAUCAUCGUGGUGCAGAACGCGUUGUUCCGAGCCCAUAAGAAUAUUCUGGCCGCCAGCAGCCUCUACCUGAAGUCCCUGGUCGUCCAUGACAACCUCAUCAACCUAGACCACGAGAUGGUGAGUCCCGGGGUGUUCCGGGUCAUUCUAGACUACAUCUACACGGGCCGUCUGACGGAGGGAGACCCCAGCUCCCCAACAGAGCCCAACCUGGGGGCCGUGCUGGCUGCAGCUAGCUAUCUGCAGCUGCUGGACUUAGUGGCACUGUGUAAGAAGAAGAUGAGGAGAAAUGGGAAGUACCCUCUCCGCCCCACUCCUGCCUUUCUGCCCUAUGGGAAGAUGGGCCCCAAUAGUUUGGGUUUAGGGGGAGGGGGCAGGUAUCGGGUGUCCACCCCUGUUAUUCAGUCCUGCUACCCAGGGGGAGUUGUGAACACCCACACGCCCCGCGCCCCACCACUAGAGGAGCUGCCACCCCACCCCCAUGCCACCCAUGCAGGGGAGUUGUAUGCCCCCACCUCCUCUCAGGGCCCUCAGGUGUUCCCCUCCACACCCUCAGCCCUGCCUGCCCAGCCCAGCCUGCGCCCAGCUCACUCUGACAGGAACUGCUCCCCCAUCUAUGGCCUGGACCUCUCCAAGAAGAGCCCCAACUCCCAGUCCCAGAACACUCCCUCCCACCCCCACCUGGCCCACGCCCUGCCCCACCACGAUGAGGAGCGGGAGGGGGGGCUGAGCGGCCGCACCAGCCCAAUGCUGGGGAACAAUGGCGGGGCCUACCCCACAGAGAAGAUGGAGACAGCUGAUCAGGCUGGGUCUCUCCCACCUCUUUCUUACCCCCACCUUAAUAAGCCCCUGGGGCCCCACCUCCACCGCUCCAGCUCCCAAGGUCCAGACCACUACCCCUGCCCCCCCAGCCCCGACACCCCCACAGAGGCUGGAGAGCCCAGCAGGGAGGUGGGCAACAUCUACCGCUGGGUGAAGCAUGAGCCACUGUCAUACACAGCUGAGGAUGAAGAGGAUGACGAGGAUGACGAGGAACGGGGUGGAAACGGAGACCAAAACCACCAGCAUCACAACCACCAUCACAAAGCAGGGGAGGAGAGCGAUGAUCGCUACCGUAGGGUGGGCUGUGAUGGGGAGGAGGAGAAGAGUGGCUCAGGCAGUGAGGGGACAGGCAGUAGUGAGGGUCGACCAUCACCCACAGGGCCCAUGGGGAGGUUCCACCUACCCUACGAGCCUGAGAGCUUUGGGGACAACCUGUACGUGUGCAUCCCCUGUGACAAGGGCUUCCCCAACUCUGAGCAGCUCAACGCCCACGUGGAGACCCACACAGAGGAGGAGCUGUACUCUGGAGGGGAGAUGGGCAGCAGCAACCCCAAAAACAACAGUAGCAACAGCAAUGGUAACGGCAGCCUGAACAGCCUGGAGGGGAAGUCCAGCCAGAGCCUGACGCCUGGGGUCCUGGGGGAGAUCAUCAGACCCUAUCGCUGUAACUCCUGUGAGAAGUCCUACAAGGACCCGGCCACGCUGCGCCAGCACGAGAAGACCCACUGGCUCACAAGGCCCUACCCCUGCAGCAUCUGUGGCAAGAAGUUCACCCAGCGCGGCACCAUGACCCGCCACAUGCGCAGCCACCUGGGACUCAAGCCCUUUGCAUGCGACCACUGCGGCAUGCGCUUCACCCGCCAGUACCGCCUCACAGAGCACAUGCGCAUCCACUCCGGGGAGAAGCCAUAUGAGUGUCAGGUGUGCGGGGGCAAGUUUGCCCAGCAGCGCAACCUCAUCAGCCACAUGAAGAUGCACAGCAGUGGGGGGGGCGGAGGGGCUCUGACGGCCGACGGAAAGCUGAAGCUGGACUUUUCGGAGGGGAUCUACCCCCUGAGUAAAUACGCAGCAGAGCACCUGGGGCUGAAGCAGGAGAAGGCCUCUGAGCUGCUGGCAGAGCAUGCCAUUGAGAGCCUGUUCCCGUUGUCCAAGCUGGCAGCCGAACACCUGCGCCUCAGCCACCAUGAUAAGAUGGAUGUCCUGGGGGUCCAGGCCCUGCCCCCUCCCCCAGGGUCCCUCUCUGACUUUCACUCUCGUACCAUUGAACGCUACUCCCCCAGCUAAAACCCUCUGACCAGUCACCCCCAGCAAGGCCUUGGCUACCACACAAUCCUGUGGGCACACAACUUAACUUACAGUAUUCUAAUGUCAUUCACCUCAACUCCAUCAGUAUCUGCACCUCAGACUAAGGCCAAUACUUGGCCUAAAGAAUGCCCACAAACUGUGUAGACUCUUAUAAGUGCCUUUCUUUCCUAAGUUUGCAUUAUAUGCAUUUUAAAGACCUUCCUAGAAUGAGAAACGUGCUAUUUCUAUUAUAUUUUGACCAAGGAAUACCCACUCAAAACAGUGUAGUAUUUAUGUAUACGCAAACCACCGAGCCAAAAACAAAUUGAGAACCAAAGAUCAAUUUUUUUUUGUUUUUUGUACAUAAUGAAAAACCAAAUAAACUGUUGCCAGAAAGUGUUGUAAUCUGACCCUACACCUGUGUACUAAAUGUACUUUUGUACUACUACUAUUGUAAUUGUACAUAAAAUGGGAAAAAAGCACAUAUGGACAAGAUUCAGGGCUCCUGUCCAGAACUGAAAGGACCGUUGGACAAAAGAAAAAGCCAAAGCUUUGGGAUUUGCAAUUGAUUGGAACACUUUUUCUUAAUUUAGUUUUUUGGGGUACUGGAUUUUCUCUCUAUCUCCCUAUCCAGUUUUACGCCAUGCUCCAGCUGUUCUAGUCACGAGGGAGGGACUAACUGAAAACAGCAUUCGCUCCACCAUUUAGGUAAAGUUAUCUGUGCUUUGUUUUUCUACCGUUGUUAUGUACUCUGAUCAUGAUGUUGUGUACAGAGAGACUGAUAUUAAGUGACAGUAAUAGUAGCUUAAUGACUUGUACACUCAGUGCCAUAACCCUUUGAACCCAUAACCUCUCUUUAUUCGUAUUUUUCCAAUCAUAUUUUGACUUGCAUCCAAGUGCCUUCAAAUUGUUAUUGAAAAGUAGCGAGUAGCACAACCCUGUGAUCUCACAACUGGGACGCAUCAUGGUGCAUACCCAACUGAUGACACGCCAAUCCUUCUCCAUGGCUUUAACAUCCAGUGGUGUGGAGUGUAGACUAAGAAUGGGUGUUGCCUGUGACGUUGUGUAAUAUACUGAACAAACAUAUAAACGCAACAUGCACCAAUUUCAAAGAUUUUACUGAGUUACAGUUCAUACAAGGAAAUCAGUCACUUGAAAUAAAUUCAUUAGACCCAAAUCUAUGGAUUUCACAUGACUGGGCAGGGGUGCAGCCAUGGGUGGUCCUUGGAGGGCAUAGGCCCACCCACUGGGGAGCUAGGCCCAGCCAAUCAGAAUUAGUUUUUCCCCUCAGAUGAUCCCGCAGGUGAAGAAGCCGGAUGUUGAGGUCCUGGGCUGGUGUGGUUAUACGUGGUCUGCGGUUGUAAGGCUAGUUGGACUUACUGCCAAAUUCUCUAAAACAACAUUGGCGGCAGUUUGGUAGAGAAAUUAACAUUCUGGCAGCUAUGUUGGGCAUUCCUGCAGUCAGCCUGCCAAUUGCACGCUCCCUCAACAUGAGACAUCUGUGGCUUUGUGUUGUGUCACAAAACUACACAUUUUGAAGUGGCCUUUUAUUGUCCCCAGCACAAGGUGCACCUGUGUACUGAUCAUUCUGUUUAAUCAGCUUCUUGAUACGCCACCUGUCAGCUGGAUGGAUUACCUUGUAAAACUGACAGGGAUGUAAACACAUUUGUGCACAACAUUUGAGCAAAAUGAACUUUUUGGAAAAUAUCUAGGAUUUUUAUUUCAGGUCAUGAAACAUGGGACCAACACUUUGCAUUUUGGGUUUCUAUUUUUGUUCAGUGAAUUUACAAUGGUGGGUACAGCUAUUCAACUCACCAGAGGAGAGCACAGAGAGGCCAUCCAAGUCAGUGCUGAGAGGCUUGAGUCAAUUACUCCUAAUCAGUCUCUAUCAAUAGCAGCAAUUGCUCUAACACAGAUGAUUCAUCAGCACUGCCAAUUGUCCCAAUCUGAGCAUAAAUAGUACUAACCACGUUGAAUCCUUUUGACCCAUAGUAGUCUCAACUCUGACAGAGGGCUGUGCUAUCAUUGACAGGCCAAAGUGACUGUUCCGCUGCUGCCUUAAUACACACACGUUCACACACACACAGGGACUGGGAGCUGCUAAUGUGACGACGUUGUGAACAUGAGAGCUGGGCGCUAGCUGCCUCUGACAGUGCUCUGCUCGUGGUGCGGCGGCAGGCCGCGCUGUCUGUGUGGGUGAACAGCACAGCCCAGCUGCUGGCCUCCCAGUCUUCCAGUAAUCCCUGUGAAAUCUCACAUUCUCCCUGACAAUUCACACUGUCUGUCGGCCUGACGGCCCAUUUCAUGCCUGCCAUCCAGCCCCUCUGAUCCACACCAUAACAAGACACCCAAGCACGGCCGAGCCGAGUCCUACAUCUGCCCUUCCCUGUCUCCCUGCUUAGGCUAUCAAACAUGGCACAGUACAGUGUAGUGGCACGUCUCUAUCAACUGAUGAGCACUUAUGGGUUUGGGGUUGAAGGCACUUAUUGUUUUGUUGUUAAAUGUUUUAGAAUGUUUAUUCCAAAGAGCAUGCUGGCUUAUUAUUUGUCUAUGUUGUCGGACCUUAUGUCCGAUUGGAGUUUGUUGACCACUAUAGUGCCAAUGCCAACCUCAGUAGGUGAAUGUGAAGACUAAAGCCAUGAAUGCACUGUGAGAGACUUAGUGAAUCUUAAAACCUUAGCUUGGAGACUGAGACAAUAGUCCCUACUCUUGUGGGAUUGUAUUAAUGUACAACAUUAAUUGAAGGGUUUUAUUCUGUAGCAUAAUGAGCAUAUCAAGGUGUUGUAUUUCUGUCACAUAUUUUCUUUCUUGAUUUUGAACCAAAGCAAAGUGAAACUGGUGCUUACCUCAGGACUGAACCCAGCAUGGGGACGCGACGCUUUAGCUACACAGCAACCAAACAACACACACGUACACACGUACACACUUACGUACAUGCAGACAGAGACACACAGACAUUUACAUACAUUUUCAUUUUUUCUUUUGAGGGGACAAUAGUCCUGUGUUAAACCUGUGGUUAUUUCAUGCUUAUGAGAUGUUUUACUUGUCUUACAAUUUUGUUGAGAACAUGUGAUAUUAACAUUUUCCUCUUAUUUUAAUAUGCUGUGUAUAUGUUCCUUUUUACUGUCCUAAUAGAGGGUUUGUAGGGGUUUGACCAAUGACGUUAUCUUAAUAAGGAAAAGUCAAGCUGGUGAUUUUCUCUUACCUUUGGAAACAAACGUGUUAACUUUAAUUCAACAGAAUAUACAAAUGUAAAUGUUGAUAGGGCUUGUAAGGCAAGACAUAAGGUAAUACCUCUGGUUCCAAAGAAACAUAUAUACUGUCUAUGUGAAUUAGGUCUCUUUAUUUUCACCCGAAGCCUUAAUGUUUAGUGACGUGUUUGGUUGCACACCAGGAGUGAUGUAUUUCUCAGUAUUUCCCUAAACAGAUAAACAGUGGCUGGGCUCUGAGUGGAUGAAAGCUAUAGCCUCAAGUUGUUUGACCCAUUUCUCUGGAGGAGGCUUUGUGAGCUGAUGAUGAAUAAGGCGGUGUGUAUUUAUACACAAACACACUUUAAGCCAGCUUGUUUUGGACUGCAGGACAUGCAGCGGUUCCCAGCAGCCUACGUGAAACACAAAAAUCCACACUUGGCUCCAAUGUUAAUUUAGAAAAAUAGUCUACAUGGAAACUGUAUGGGCACAGCUGUUUUGUUAUAGCAUAAGAAACUAGUUUAAAUGACUGUGAAUUGUGAAUUGACAGGGGCAGUGGACAAUAUCAAUCUUCGAUUUAUCAUGGCAGCAUGAGGUUGGACCACAGACAUGUGAAGCCCCAUAGAUGAGAGGGAACAGCCCAUUUGAAGUUGUCAAUGGUGGGAAUAUAAAUCUCUCUUGCUCGUUCUGUCUCUCAUUCAUUAGUUCACUCUCACUGAAAGUUUAUCUCCCGUUUCCUUUUCUCGCACCGUUAAAACAAGAAUGAAAUAGUUUCCACUGACACUCCAAAUCUGUACAGGAAGAGAGCGGCAGAUAAUGUCCAGCGAUACUGUUCUGAAAUUACAUAUAGGGGGGCAGUGUGUGUGUGUGUGUGUGUGUGUGUGUGUGUGUGUGUGUGUGUGUGUGUGUGUGUGUGUGUGUGUGUGUGUGUGUGCGCGCGUGUGUGUGCGUGAGUUAGUUUAAAGGGGGAAGUGUUGGUUUGUCUGUUUGUGUCCACAUGCUAUUUGAGUAUAUGAAUGGCUGUUAAUGUAUGCUCUGGGAAUAGUUCUGGUGUGAAGGAGAGCAGAGGAGUGAAGGAGCAGGAAGUGAACUGUUGGCUGGGCCUUAACGUUGAGCAGGAUGUGCAGUGUGUAUCUGCUUGCAGACCGAUAGAGACACAGAUGAAGAUUGGGAGGGAGAGGAGCAUGGAGAGCUCAGCAGGGUGGACAUAAGCCCAUUGUUUAAAUAUGAAAGACUGAUCUUAGUUCUAAACCACGCCAUUCAGAAAACAUUAAGAGCCUCCCUAUCUUUUUCCCUUCUUCCUUCCUUUUAUUUAUUUUUAAAAAAAAUCUGAAAACUCUUAACAAAUUAAAGGUCUAAUGAAGCUGUUUUUAUUUAAAUAUUACAUCCUUUCUGGGUACUAAUUAAGUACCUUACUUUGAUUGUUUCAAUCAAAAUGAUCCCAAAAAAUUGCUUCUUAGCUAAGAGCAAUUUCUCAAGCAAGUCUGUCUGGGAGUGAUCUGAGUAGGGAGGGGAAAAUUGAAAACUAGCUGUUAUUGGCAGAGAGGUUUGGAAUUCUCUUUCUUAUUGGUCUAUUAACAACAACAAAAAAUGUUUGAGCAUGGCCUUAUUUCUAUUGCAGCAUAUUGGAUCACUGUCAUUCAGAUUCCAUUCACCCAGUUCAAUGUAAUGUGAUAGGUUUAGGCUACUACAUGAUAAUCAAAUGUUCCCUAUACCCAUCAUGAGGUUGCUACAACCCAGCCUAUGAAUGAAAGUUUACAAUGUAGGUGCAAUAAAUUAGUAAAACCAAAAGCUUACCUUGAAUGGGAAGAGUUCCAGUGUUGUGUUGGAUAGUCAUAGGCAGCUAGCCAACAUAGCAUCCCUCUGUUUGAGCAGGUUGUUUGAAUAGGCUAAACUAGCUAGCUGCAUUUGCUAGCUAAGUAAGUGAGCCUGAAAAACAUUACAAAUUCUCUAUCUCACCACAUUGUAUGCACUGCAGUGUUAACUAGCUGUAGCUUAUGCUUUCAGUACUAGAUUAAUUAUCUGAUGCCUUGAUUGUGUGGACAACAUGUAUGUUCAUGCAGCAAGAGCUCUGAUAGGUUGGAGGACAUCCUCUGGAAGGUGUCAUAAUUACUGUCUUAAGUCUAUGGAAGGGGGUGAGCACCAUGAGCCUCCUAGGUUUUGUAUUGAAGUCAAUGUUCCCAGAGGAGGACAGAAGCUAGCUGUUCUCUGGCUACACCAUGGUGCUACCCUACAGAGUGCUGUUGAGGCUACUGUAGACCUUCAUUGCAAAAAAAGUGUUUGAAUCAAUUAUUUGGUGACGUGAAUAUAUUUUGUAUAGUGUUAUCUAAAAAGGAUAACUUUUUAAAUGUUUUACCAUUUUUAUGAAAUUCACUGAGGAGGAUGGUCUUCCCCUUCCUUCUCUGAGGAGCCUCCACUGGUUCCCACAGUGGACCGGGUUGAAUUAGAAGGGAUGGAGAGACUUGACACUUUCAUUGGCCUUUAUUACAAGCAGCUGCUUUCCUCCAUUUAUUCCCCCAAACUGCACUUUUCUGGAAAAUUCAUUGAAUUAUAAUUUUUAUUACCCUCGUGACCCCCUAAAACCCUCCUCAAUCGCCUUUCCUCUCGCAUGUUGCUUCCUCCUUGUCCUCCUUUUCCUCUCUCCCCGAUCCAACCACUGAUCUCCCACUUUUUCUUCCUUCGUUACCUCAAAGCACUGCUCUCACCUCCGUCUGUCUCCCGCUCUCUUCUUGACACUCAGCACAAACCACUAGCCCACGCCACCAACCCUCCUCCUCUACUCCUUAUUCCCUACGCCUCCUCUCUCCCAUGAUCAAGUUGCUUCCAGUUGUUUUUCCUGCUGAAGAAGACAGUUGUCUAAAUGUUUAUGCGAACAACUACUUUAUUUUUCUUAACUCCCUGAUCAAGUUCCAAAAUGAACUUCAAAAUUUGACGACGUUAUUAUGUGCUUGCUUUUCAAGCCCAGAAGUAUUUUUCAAAGGAAUAUAAGAGACAGAGAGCAUCAUUAUUGAGGAAACGCAGGAUAAGACGAGAAAUGUUCAGAGGGAAAUAUGCUAAGAAAGAUGCCAGUAAAGUAAACAUGAGUGGAUGAAAUUGCACAAUUGAGCCACAGACCACAGCUCCACCAGCCAAGUCAUGUGCUGAGAUGGAGAGGGAGAGAAAGAACUGGAGAGAAAGAAUGAGAGAGUUGAAGUACCAGUCAUAGCUUAAGUAAACAACAUAGAAAAAACUGAGUGGUGGUGAACUGCUGCAUCGUCAGGUUUUCAUGUUGGCGUCUCAGUCUGGGUGCCCUCAGCAUUGGUGUCUUCUUACCAGGCCUUCAAAUCAUCACCCAGUCUCCACAUGACAGAGACAGACAGUCUUUGUUGAAGCAGAGGAGGGAGUUGUGGCUGGUGGCUGCCCCAUGUCUUCUUCAGUGUGUUUUGCUUGGAGCGUUCUGUCUCCACCGGGCAGUGAAAUAGUCAGACCGCAGACCUGAUCAACAGACAAGACAAGAGUACGAAUACACCGUGUAAUCUAGAAUAUCAUAUUGCCGUUUCUCAAGGCUUGACUCUAUUAAUAUGAUUCAUUUACGGUACUUCUCCUAAAGUGAAUUGACUGAAACAACAAACAACUUAACAGGAAAACAACUAUUUUGGUGAAAAUAGCAGUUCAGUUUCGGAUCUAAUCUGGGGUCUAAUAGUCAUGUAUGAGUACACAAAUACACACAGACACAAACAAAACGCAGACACACGAACAAACACACAGCUGGAUGGCAGACUGCCCUGUCACUGUUCAUGACUGGCUGUUCCAGAUUAGGUCAGAUUUAAUUAGGCUUCCCUGCUCCAUUUGGAGUGUCAGUUCUUGUAGAAAAAGUCAUUACUAAAGCAAAGGCAAUGUUACUGACGGCCUGAACUGAACACACACUGAGACGCCUGCCAGAAUGUCACAGAGCCGAGGCUCCACACACUCCUAAACACACUGCCCAUUUACAUUAAACUCACUCACACAACCAAUUUGAUCCCAUAUAGAAAUGGUGGAUUUUGUCCAUCAUCUGAUAAAGAUUACUGGGGGGAUUGAGGUGGAAGUAGAAUUUGAAUUUGUGGUUGCAGAGUAGGAAAGUUCAGCAGGUAUGUAGACUGAAUAGGGAUAGACAGAGUAGGAAAGUUCAGCAGGUAUGUAGACUGAAUAGGGAUAGACAGAGUAGGAAAAGUUCAGCAGGUAUGUAGACUGAAUAGGGAUAGACAGAGUAGGAAAAGUUCAGCAGGUAUGUAGACUGAAUAGGGAUAGACAGAGUAGGAAAAGUUCAGCAGGUAUGUAGACUGAAUAGGGAUAGACAGAGUAGGAAAUUUCAGCAGGUAUGUAGACUGAAUAGGGAUAGACAGAGUAGGAAAGUUCAGCAGGUAUGUAGACUGAAUAGGGAUAGACAGAGUAGGAGAGUUCAGCAGGUAUGUAGACUGAAUAGGGAUAGACAGAGUAGGAAAUUCAGCAGGUAUGUAGACUGAAUAGGGAUAGACAGAGUAGGAGAGUUCAGCAGGUAUGUAGACUGAAUAGGGAUAGACAGAGUAGGAAAAGUUCAGCAGGUAUGUAGACUGAAUAGGGAUAGACAGAGUAGGAAAGUUCAGCAGGUAUGUAGAUUGAAUAGGGAUAGACAGAGUAGGAGAGUUCAGCAGGUAUGUAGACUGAAUAGGGAUAGACAGAGAAAGGGGAAGACUGAAGCACUGAACUUACAGUAAAACAACCAAUUGACAUCAGAUAUUAUUCUGUCUCCAGGGAGAUAAUGGAACUUUAUUUACCAAACAAGCACACAAGUAUUUUUUUAUUUUAUUAAUUUCAAAUAUAAACAUUUUUUCAAGCGCUUUCUUGACAAUAUAAACCAAGGUUUUAAAUAGAAAGCAAUACACAAAAAAACUAACAGUAUUUUUCUACUUUACAUGGUCAAUAUUGUUCUUAUUUUGCUUUAGUGAAAUGAAUGUAUUUAUUGCAUGUCUAAAUGUUUUAUAGGUCAUUGUUUUGUGUACAUUACAAUUGUGUCUUAAUAAAUCAUGUUUGAUAAGGCUUUUAUUUGUUUUAAGCCAUUGUGAGAAUUUUAUGUUUUUUGUUUGUUUCUAUACUCAAAAUCAACUUGGCAAUAAAAAUGAAUUGCAUAAUG